AUUUAUAGACGAUGAAAGCAGGGUUAUCAAAACGCACUUUCAUUUCAUAGACAGUAUUCUAGUCUUCCUCACGAUGAUCAUAGAGAAUGUCGAAGCCCUGAAGUCGUGGCUGGCAAAACUCCUGGAGCCAAUAUGUGAUGCUGACCCUUCUGCAUUAGCUAACUAUGUGGUGGCUCUUGUGAAGAAGGACAAACCGGAGAAAGAGCUGAAAGCGCUGUGUGCUGAUCAGCUUGAUGUCUUUCUACAAAAAGAAACAAAUGGAUUUGUCGAUAAACUUUUUGAAUGUCUGACAACCAAGAACUACCUGGGAAUUCCCGCUGCCAAGGAAGCUCCUAAAGAGGAGGUCAAACCACCUGCUGUCAAAUCUGAUGUUGUUGAGGAUGCUGCAUUUUUUCAGGCUGAAACUCCAGAGGAGGAGAGAGAAAACAGGCGGAGGAGAAGUCCUCUGAGAAACCGCUCUGACUUCAAUGAGUCCAGGAGCCGCGAUGACAGGAGGCGAGAUGAGCGCAAGCGCCGCGACUUCGAUCGGCAUGGAAAAAGCGGCAGCGACUCCCACCGUGAGCGGGAGCGGCAUGAGCGGCGCAGGGGCAGCCCCCGCGGGAGGAGCUACAGUCGGAGCAGAAGCCGCAGCCGGAGCAGGAGUGGCAGCAGAGGAAAGAGCAGGGACAGGGAGCACAGAGGAGGCAGAGACUUUAAGUCAAAGUUUGAGUUGGAAAGGAAGGACACCGACUGCUAUAACUCUUCCACCACAUCCGGCCCCCAGCAGCAGCACCCGCCGCCGCUCCUGCCCCUGCCUACACCUCCGCAUCCCUUUUCUUCCUCUUCCUCAUCAUCUGCUGGAGUCUCAGGAGCUGGAGGUGUCCCCAUAGCAACACCGGCUCACCUGCCCGAUAGCACUACAGACAGCUGGUCAGGCUACUACGGCACCCAGAGGCAGGACGGUGUCGGCAAACCAUUCAGCAACAAGGGCCCCUCACUCAAACAGCGUUGCAGGGAUUACGAUGAAAAGGGAUUUUGUGUCCGUGGAGACCUUUGUCCAUUCGACCACGGCAACGACCCUCUCAUCGUUGAUGAUGUCAAUUUACCCGGCAUGAUUCCGUUCCCGCCCCCACCUGUUAUGCCCCCCGCUGGCCUCCCCAUGCCCCCGAUCACUGAGCCACCCCCUCCUCUUAGGAUGCCUUCAAUGCCACCCUUUGGCCAGCCACCACCACCGGGCAUCUUCCCCAUGACUGAUAACUAUGAUCCAGAGGGCUAUAACCCAGAAUCUCCAGGACUGACUGCAGCAAGUCGUAACCAGUACCGUCAGUUCAUUCCUCGGGUGCAGACCCAGCGCUCCAACCUCAUCGGCCUCACCUCUAACGAAGGACAAGGCUCCCGAGCUGCCAACAUAGUGAUCCAGACGGAGCCUGCCACUGUAGCCAGUACUCCUGGAAGCAAUGUCUCCCGUUUCAACACAGAUCAGGACAGCAGGAAGAGAACCAUGGGGCCCAGUACAGCUGAGGGACCAGCAGCUAAAAAACCCUGGAUGGAAAAGCCAAACUUUAACAACCAACAUAAGAGCAGUUUUCCCAAGAGGUAUCACUAUGUGAACACUAAGUUGGAGGUGCGUAAGAUCCCACGUGAGCUCAACAACAUCACCAAACUCAAUGAGCACUUCAGCAAGUUUGGAACCAUCGUCAAUAUCCAGGUGGUGUUUGGCGGAGACCCAGAGGCGGCAUUGAUCCAGUACACAAAGAAUGAAGAGGCCAGACGGGCCAUAUCCAGCACCGAGGCAGUCCUCAACAACCGCUUCAUUCGUGUGUACUGGCACCGCGAGCCCGGCACCAACGCCACAGGGCUCCAACAGCAGGAGCAGAGCUCAGGGAGCCAGGCGGCCGGGUCAGUGCCCAGCCAGGGGCCGCAACACGGCAACAUGCAUAAGCAGGGGAUCAAGCAGCACAGUCCAGCGGCCUACGUGUUGAACAACACUGUGCCCAAGCAUCGCCUGCCAGCAGGGGCUGGAAUCACAGCCACAACCAAGCCGGACAGCUUGAACCCAAACACAGACCCUGUCACUGUGGCAUCUGCACUGCCAAACACUCAGAAGGGCCCGUACUCUUCCGCAGCCCUCAAGUCCUCCUCAAAGAGCCUUGGGAAAACAGGAAAAGCACUUGAAGCACAGGAAGUCCUCAAGAAGAAACAGGAGGCACUAAAACUCCAGCAAGACAUGAGAAAGAAGAAGCAAGAGAUGUUAAAGACACAGAUUGAGUGUCAGAAGGCGUUGAUAAACCGCCUGGAGAAAAACCGAGGGAUGAAACCAGAGGAGAGAGCAAACAUCAUGAAGACCCUGAAGGAGCUGACAGAGAAGAUUGCACAACUGCAGAAUGAAAUGAACCCUAACCCUGCCUCGCAGGUCCCUGGCACCAAACCCAACCACAGCCAGCCCAAGACCAAGACUGAUGCACAGAAGGAACUGCUGGAUGCUGAGCUAGACUUUCACAAGAAAAUGAGCUCUGGAGAGGACACAACAGACCUCAAGAGAAAACUGGGACAGCUACAAGCGGAGGCGACUUGGUUGGGUCUGAUCCGGCCUCCAGCGGGUCGGGGUCGGGGCCGAGGGAAGAUGGCACUGGAGCCCGGUUCGAUGCACGUGGGCCGCGGCAGGGGCCGAAGCCGGGAGAUGAUGGCUCGCAGCGGGUCCGUGAACCGUAUGGUGGUUGACCACAGACCCAGAGCCCUGGCUAUUUUGGGGGUUACUCAGGAGGAGAAGGAAGAGCUAAUGCCGCACUUUGUGAAAUUUGGCGAGGUUGAGGAUGUCCGUGACCAAGACGCCAACAGUGUCGUCAUGACCUUCAAGACGCGAAGUGAAGCAGAGAAUGCAGCUAACCAGGGAGCGAAGUUUAAAGGGCGCGUGCUGCAGAUUUCCUGGUACAAGCCCAAGACGCCCUCUGUUACAACAGAGCCAGAGGAGGAAGAGGCUAAAGAUGAGGACAAUACGAAGGAACCUAGCUCUUACUUGCCUGGUGAGGAGGAGGAAGAGGAGGAGGAAGAGGAUGACGAUGAAGAUGACGAGUACGAGAGCCGAUCUUGGAGACGAUGAAGGCAUUGUGAUUCGUCAUUACCUGCUCUGCAGCCGCAGUCGUUAUUUUCCCCCACAUAAAGUCAAUAACAGAACUCAUUUUUUCCUUUCCAGUAUUUUCAGACGAAGUAAUUUUAGACUCUAAUCAAAGUAAAAACAUCUUUACUUUAUUGUACAUGAAAAGAAGUUUAGAGGGCUGACGUUUUUUGUAUCCCUCGACUAAACAAUUAUUUAAAACAUCUCACUUUUGCUGAGAAAGAAAAAUGUUAAGUUGUUCUUAUAGAUAGGAAAACCUAUGUAAGUUUCAGUGUGCUUACCAGAUGAUAAAUAUCAGUAAUGCACAACAUUUGUGUCUACUGUGAAUAGGUAUUUUUAUACAUACUGUAUUUAAGCUCUUUUUCUCACCAGUUUUUGAAAAAUCUUGUCCUCAGUUCAGGGGCAGCCAUUCCUUCACCAAUAGAACGUUCUCUGUUGCUACCAGAGAGAUAUUUAUUUAUUUUUCCACUGCAUAAAUGCACUGUGCAGUGCCUAUAUUGGCAUAGUAUGGUGUGGUUUCCCAUUUCAUUCAGUUUGUUUUGGUAUGGGUUUGCCCAAAAAGGAUCCAAAUAUUUUUAACUGUGGCUCUCUGUCCUGGCAUGAACACAUGGUAGUUUGUGCAUGUUGUAUUCCCAAAUAAACAGAGCCACCCCUGCCCAGCACCCAAGGGUGCUGAUACUGUACCAUGACCAUAUUAGAGCCAGUGCAGGUACAGAAGGAUACCAGUGCAAUAGAAAAAUCCGAACUAUGUUUACAAAUUGCCAUGUCCAUGCACGUCAGAUUCAGUCCUCGUAGUAAAUAUUCAAAUAUUCCCCACUUGUGUUUCGUUGCUCCCUAAAGUGUCCAGUGCCACUCUGUGUAAAUAUAAGCACCCACAUGGGUGUUCUACAUUUUCUAAGAGUGUGUAACAUUUUUCACUUGUUUAAUUCUGUCUCCCGGCCGUCCAAAGGGCCUGACAGGACACGGAUCAGAUCACCCAUUUAAAAAAAAAAAAAGGAAAAAAAAGUGAGAUCCAUAGACAGGUGUUUGAAUGUAAUACUGAACAGUUGAUUUUAAUAUAUAUGUAUAAAUAAUUUCUUUGCCUUACACAAUCAGCGGAUGGCUGAAUUUUUACAAGAUUUGUGAUUUACUUUUGUAAAUUUUGUAAAUGCUUGAAAGAGAAAUUACUGUUGUACCUUUUUUUUUAAGUUUCUUUUUCUGUCAUUUUAAAUGGAUGACAAGGUUGUGUGUCAGGUAGGAAAGGUCAAGCAAGAGUGCUCAGUGUCUCUGCUUAUUCACAAGAGUUGUGCAUUUGUGUUCAACCCAGUCUGUUGUUAUUUCACUAAAUUUGUCAUCUGAGUAGCACAUUUCUUUUUAACGACACUGACACUGAAAGGCAUAAGGAGUCACGCCCCCUCACAUUAUUAUUUGUGCAUUAGUGCAGCUUUGCCUGCAUCUGAGUAUUGUCAGACAGUGCUCUAAACCCACUCUACAAGUGCAGCCACAAUGUGCACCUUUCAUGACAUCACAUUUUAUUUUGCGUUUUGCCUUCUUUACAUUGACUGUAUUUUAGAAUCCUCAAGGUGGGAGGAAAGAAAUUCAUUAAAGCUCAUAUGGAAAUAUGCUCGAUGCAAGAAAAUACAUUUUUGAAAGUUCAAGUUUUUACUUUUGUUGCUUUUCUGAAACCAAUAACUAUGUUUACAUGCAGCCUAAUGAAGUGUUAUUUGAUGUAUGCUUAUCAUAAAUCAACUCAACUGAUCAUAUCCAUUAAUAUAACCAGUCACACGGAAGCACCAAUAUGAGAGAGGAGAGACUUUAACUUGUAGCUGUACAUACUGUACCUACAGGCAGGAGUCUGCAUGCAUAUAGAAAUCUGGAUGUAAAUAUACAUGCAGAUUUAUGCCUGCGUGUUUAUACAGUCAGUAACAGAGAACUUAGAACAGUAAUUCUCUCCUUUUCUCCUGGUACUAGCGCUACAUUUAAAAGUGUGCAGAACUGUUUGAAACGCAUUACGUGAUUUCCUCCCACCUACCUAAUGUCGGUAGUUCUCUUCUCGUUUAGAUUGCAUAUCUCACUGUUGACUGAUUACUCAGAAGCCUCCUGCCAGUGACCUCAUUGUCCCCACUAAAAUCUUUUUAAAAUUUUUUGUUUUUUGGGUUUUUUUUUUUUUUUUCUUUGACGUCAGUCAAAAUAAGGUUUAGGUGUGCGAUGGAAAGCUGAAGUUUUUCCCUUUGCCACUUACUACUUAAAUAUGAUUUUCUCAUGUGAUUUUAUUUUUAGUUUUUUGUAUGAGGUCACUGGCAGUUUAAAAAGGACAAACCUAUACUGGCAGGGUUCUUGCUUGUGUAAGUGAGGAUUCAGGGAAGGUCUCUCUCCCACUUUUUGUACUAUCUUCUGUAUGCUACUAUCACACAACGGUGUAAAAAAAAAUGUAAAAUGUUUAUUGAAUAAUAGUUUUGGAUUUGUUACUGUUUAUAUUUGCAGGAUGUGGAUGUAUUUUCUUCAUGUAUUUUGUUUGUAAAAAAUGGAUUUCUAAUUUACUAGCAUGUUUGCUUUUGCCAAUAAAGAUGGAGGAAUGGGGGAGCUUGUACGAUGAUAAAAAAAAAGAAGAAAAGAAAAAAAUACAAUUUGAAUUGGAUCUUGGAGAGACAGAGAGAAAAAAAGAAAAUCUUAAGUUAAAGAAAAAAAAUUGACAAAAAGAAGUCAACAUUGGCAAGGGGGGAAAAAAUACGAGCAAAAGCAUUCCAGAAAAUAUUACCUUAAA